UGGUGGUUAUAAGUUUGUAUCUACGCGAGCGUGGCUACAAGGUGAAGAAGUUGCGGCGAAUGUGAAUAAGGAGGCGAUACGACUGUACUGUGGAGAAUAGCAAGAAAAAGAAAAAGAAGAAGAUAAGACGAGUGGCGAAUAAGAUAAUAAUAAAACACGGUCACCACGACAUCGUUUACAACAACGUCACGUUUGUCUUCAGUAAUCCACGUGUCCGAGGAUAAACUCGGAAAAACCGGCACCAUUGCGUCGAAAAAGCAGCCCCAGGUCCAGCAGACCACCCCGACUACCAUGUCGAAACUCUAUGUGGGUAAUUUGCCCUCGGAAUGCAACGAACCUGGCCUCAGGCAGUUAUUCCAAGAUCACAAUUUGUCGUGCACGACUAUUCUUGUUAAGCGCGGGGGUUAUGCCUUUGUUGAUUGCAAUGACCAAUCCACUGCUGAUCGCGCUAUCGAUAAACUCAAUGGAUACACGUAUCUUGGAUCAGCUUUGGUGGUUGAACCUUCAGUUGCUAGUGGGUCAAAAAAGCGUAGUGGCUCUGGGGCUAAAAUUCUAAUCAGCAAUCUGCCAGCUCACGCUAGAUUUGAAGACGUCGAGCUCCUGUUCUUGACAUACGGACAGGUGCAAAACGUCGAAAAAGUACCAUCUCGUGAUGCAAAUACACAAACUUUACUUCUUAGCUAUGAAACUCAAGAGUUAGCACAGCAGGCUGUGAACGAGUUGAAUGGCUAUGAGUACGACGGAAAUUCAAUAAAAGUGGAAAUGUCGAGUGCGGAAAGCCGACGAAGAGCACGUAACCAGCGUGGUGGCGUAGCCUUUUCUGGUUUACCGGGUUCUGGCCGUCAGACAGACUUUCCACUUCGUAUUUUGGUACAGUCUGAUAUGGUUGGUGCUAUAAUCGGACGUCAAGGUUCUACCAUACGUCAAAUUACACAAAUGACACGUGCUAGAGUUGACGUUCAUCGCAAAGACAACGUUGGUUCUUUGGAGAAAGCAAUUACUAUUUAUGGGAAUCCUGAAAAUUGUACAAAUGCUUGUAAAAAAAUAUUGGAGGUCAUGCAACAGGAAGCUAAUAACACCAACAAAGGAGAAAUCACACUUAAAAUCCUUGCACACAAUAAUUUGAUUGGUCGUAUUAUUGGCAAAGGGGGUAAUACAAUAAAAAGAAUAAUGAUGGAUACUGAUACAAAGAUUACUGUCAGUAGCAUAAAUGACAUCAACAGUUUUAACUUGGAACGUAUUAUUACGGUCAAGGGCACUAUCGACAACAUGAGCAAAGCUGAGUCGAUGAUCUCCAGCAAACUUCGUCAAAGCUAUGAAAAUGAUCUUCAAGCUAUGGCUCCCCAGAGCAUGAUGUUCCCCGGUCUUCAUCCGAUGGCGAUGAUGUCCACAGCUGGUAUGGGUUAUAGUUCACGCGGACCAGGGCUUUAUGGUUCUGGACCAGCGCCAUAUCCUUAUCAAGGAAGUUUACCCCCUCAACAAGGAGUACCAGCAAGUGAUGCUCAAGAAACAACGUUUUUGUAUAUUCCCAACAAUAGUGUGGGUGCAAUUAUUGGUACAAAAGGCUCACACAUCAGGAAUAUAAUCAGAUUUUCUGGUGCAAGUGUUAAAAUUGCUCCUUUAGAACAGGAAAAACCUGCUGAUCAACAAACCGAACGAAAAGUAACUAUUGUCGGUUCACCAGAGUCUCAGUGGAAAGCUCAGUAUUUGAUCUUCGAAAAAAUGCGUGAAGAAGGUUUUGUAGCAGGAACUGAGGAUGUGAGAUUGACAAUUGAAAUUUUGGUACCCAGUGCUCAAGUUGGUCGCAUUAUUGGUAAAGGCGGUCAAAAUGUAAGAGAACUUCAACGAGUUACUGGAAGUGUUAUUAAGCUUUCAGAACAACAAGCAGUACCAGCAGCGGUUGAUGAAGAAACUACUGUUCACAUUAUUGGGCCAUUCUUCUCAGUUCAGUCGGCCCAGCGAAGGAUCAGAGCAAUGGUCCUCCAAUCAGGUGCCCCAGGAAGCGGACCAACUGGAACUGGAAUACGCGCUGGUCGUGGAAGCAGCCAAGAAAGUGGUGCUCGUAGUCGGCGAGAUGGAAGCGCGACAUCUCAACAAGGAAGCUCGGCAUCUCAGCAACAGCAACAGCCUACGCAACAACAGCAGUCUCAACAACAAUCGCAGACAUCCUCGCCACAAAGUUCUUCACCAUCAAAUCAACAACAACAGCCACAACAAAAUCAGUAACGUUGAUAAAGUUCCACUAGAUGGCCAACCAACGUCAUAUUUAAUUUCACUUCAAUCGGCCUCGUUGGUUUUAUGAUUUUCGUAAAUUCACGUAAACAAUUGAUUGAAAGCAAUGAUGAAAUGCCAAUUUUACGAUAAUUAAUUAAUUAUCAUGCCAUGAGUUUGAUUAAUUUUCGAAUUCUUAUUAAAAAUUAAUCGUGUUUUUAUCAAACUCACGUGCUAAAUGUUUUUUUUUUUUUAUUGUUUUUCUUUUUUAUUAUUAGUUUUUUUUUUUUUAUUUUUAUUGAUCCAAGAUGAUCAUAAUGUGUAAAUGUUUUACAUAAUAUGGCUCUGGUAGUCAUUAUUCGUAGAUAAAAUUAUCGUAACUUUGGAAUUGUAUCAAUGCAAUUAUUCCGUUAUUGAGUUUAAUCGUGUCAAUAUUAUUGUAUAAUUGAUACAAUAAAAGACGAAAAACAAAAAAGAAAAUGAUAUCCACGUCGCCGAUUAAGUGUGAAUAUGGUGGAAAACACACACAACCUUAUUACCUCAUUCAUUACGAUUAAAGAUUUAAUAAGAUAGAACAGAGUGAAAUGAGAAAUGAUAAACCAACUAAUCUAAAGUCUACCUAAUAUUAAAGUUAUAAUAAUAAUAUACAAAGAAGUUAAUUAACGAUUACACAAUUAUGUUAUACCUGUUACUACUAAUAUUUGCUACCGCUAUUAUUAUUAUUAAUUAUUAUUAUAUUAUUAAUAUUAUUACUAUUAUUAUUAUUAUUAUUAUUAUUAUUAUCAUGAUUAUUAUUAUUACCAGUACCAUUUUUUUCUGGUAGUCCAGAUGAAAUGGCUUGUUUUACAGUUGUUUAUUUCUUUUUAUACAUGAAAAUUAAAUGCUGCAGUUUUAUAAUCAUCCAAAUUCAAUUGAAGUUUGCACAAACUAGAUAGUUAUAAUAAGCAAAGCAUAUAGAAUUACACAGUUAAGUUGUAUAAUUGAAAAAAAGACAACAUUUAAAUAUUGAAAACGAGCUGAGGAGCUUUUAGGCAACGCCCAAUUUGCACCGUAAUACCAAAGAAACUUUUAUGAUUUUUUUUGUAUUAUUAGUGAAGUAAAAAUACGUGUUGCUAGUAUGUUACACGUAGUGGGCUCAAAUAUUUAAAUAAUCGCCUCAAGUUCCAUAAUAAGAGCCGCUCGGCUACUCUAUCAAUUUAUCUAUUGAAUAAAUUGUUGUUCAAUGUGGCUGUUAAAUUUGAUAGAGAAACAUCAGUAAUAUUUAACGGUCUCAGUUUAUAAAAGUUUAAGUACAGCAAGUGAUCAAUCGAUUAAUAAUAAUUAAUAAUAAAAUGAUAAAAAUAAAAAAAAAAAAAUACUAUAAAUAAUUGCAAAGAGACACAAAACUUUUUCAGGGAUUUUUACUUUACCAUGAGUGUAGUAUUGUGUGAGUGUGCGUAUGUUGACUGAUUGAUGAAUAUUAAUUAAUAAGUUAUUGAUUAAUACGUAAAUUUUUGAUGAAAAAAAAAAAAAAUAAAGGGGAAUAAUGAUGAAAAAGUAGGACAUGAGGGUGUAGUACCCCUAUGAAUUAUAAUUAAAAAAAGGAAAAAAAAAAAUAAAUCAAAGAGAAAAGUAAAAACCGUCGUGGGCUAUAGGGUCCUCACUGUCUUAUUAUUUUUGCAGUAUUUCUAAUAUCGAAACAAAUACACAAUUGCUUCAAUGUUAUAGAUAUAGCAGUCUAAACAAUUAACCUAAGAAGGAAAAUUACAAUCUAAUUCUACAUGAUUGUAAUAAUAUUAAUUAAUCACCUGAGAUUCUAACUCAGAAUUGUGGUUUGAAAAAAAAAAACAAAUAAGCAUAUAAAACCUCAAAAAUUACUUACUAUCGGACUGACAAUUCUACAUCGUCGUGUUUGAAAGUAUUUCCAAAAAAAAUUCAAUCAUUUUUUGGAAGAUAAUUAUUAUUAUAUUUAUAUUAUAAAUUAUUCGGUACUUUCAUUCAUACGAUAAUUUCUUUACUUAUCUACAAAUAAAUAUCUAAUUAAAGCCCGUUAAAAUAAGAUGACAAUGUUUAUGUAUAUCUCGUUACCUAAUUCGAGAAAAAAAUCUCGCGAUAUGACAGCAAUUAUUAAUAAUUAUUUAUUGUCAUAUUUGUCAAUAAAAAUUUUUUAAUUGCUGUCUCAUUAUAAAUUCUCUAUAUUUAGUAGGCAUUGUAGUACAAAAAAAAAUGAUGGGUUUAAAAAUUAAAGUAAGAAGCUGUGUUUGCGUAUCAUCGAUCAAAUUUGGAAAGUAUGUAGGUUUUAUUAAAUUUAUCAAAUUCAGGGAUUAUUAUAAAAAACAAAAAAAUAACGAAAAUCUUUUAAUUCUAAAUUGAAUAGUUGGAAUUAAUUAUUUUCAGUUGAAGAUUUUUUUUUAAUAAUCCUUCGAAUAAUGAUAAGUAGAUUUGAGCGGAUGAUAGAGAACGAAGUUAAAGAAAAUUUUUUAUUUUAUUUUAUUAUUAUUAUUUUUUUUUGUUCCAAAUAAAGGUCGUAGGUGAGAGCGUAAAUUUAAGGGAAUAAGAGAAAAUUAAUUGAGAAAGUUAAAGAAGAAAAAAUGAAUAAAAAUAAAUAAAAUAAGAGUAUAAGUUUAUUUUUGAUACAUUGUUGGAGGAGAUCUUAGUACUUUCCUUUAUCAAUUUUUUUUUUGUUAAAUGUUUUAAUAACUUAGAAAAUUUUAACGAUAUUAAGAAAUUAAAAAGUUGAUAAUAAGUAAAGAAGAAAAAAUAAAAUUUUUAAUAUAAUUAAUAAAAUAAACUUAAAAAAAAAGUCGAAUUAAAAUGUUAAAACAAGACAAGGUAAUUUCGUGAGUGAGUUGAUCAAAGAUGAGAUAAAUAAAAGUAAAAGAGAUAAUUAAUGUUAAAUGUAUGAUAUAUUUAAUAUAUUUUAAAUUACGGUGGUGGUCAGGUCGCAGGGAGAUCGUAUCACCAUAUAGUACAUACGUUAAAUUUUAGCGUAUUAAAGUUUUAAUUCACAGUUUUAUGUGAUAAUAAACAGUCUUACCAUUUUUAAAACAAACACGGCCUCCCUCUGCCACUUCUAGGUUAUUUAUCAUGCAUAAAUAUUAAUGAAAAUUGAUAGUAAUCGUAAUUUGAAACUCAAAAAAAGAAGGUGCCAAUAAGUAAUAGGACGUAUAAAAAAUAAAGAGUACAAAUAAUUAAUCAAUAAAUCAAAUCGUGAAAAUUAAAAGGCACUUGUCAUUUCCAUUAUCAGUUAAAAAUUAAAAUCUUGAAUCGUCAUAAUAAUCAAAUUUACUUCUACUAAAUGUUAGCAAUUUUAAACAAUUAGAAAAAUUAAAAUGAUAUCACUCUUUUACAUUUUUUAUCAUACAAUAUCAAAACUGUGAUUUAAUAACACUCACGUUUCAACAAGCUCCGGUCUUGUUUCUUUUAAUAUUUAAUUAUUAAAAAAAAAAAAAAGAAAAAAAAAACGAAAAACUUUCUUCAUAUAUCGAAAUAGCUUCUGAAUAUUAAUUAAUAGACGUUUGUAAUUGUAAUUAUUGUGUUGAAUGAAUUUGAACAAAUCUUGAUUUAAAUAUGCAAAUAAUUUUUUCGACUUCGUUGCUCGCUCAUAAUUCUGAAGCUCUACAAUAGUGACGGAAAAUAAUAGUUAUGAUGACAUAUGGACCAAAUAGCAAUUUAUUGUCACGCAAAUUGUAAAAAAAAAUAUUUAAUUUAUUGUAUAAUUAUUAAAAAUCAAAAAUAAUUGACAAAAAAAUAAUAAUGAAUAACGAAAAAACUUUAAGUAUCAACAUCAAAAUAAGUUUGAAAAAAAAAAAAUUAUUUUGGCUGUUAACAUAUUCACACUAACAUUAACUCAUGUUAUUCAAAACUCCAGCUAAAAAUAACGUUAGGAGUAGUGAAAAAAAAAAAAAGAAACAAAAAAGUUGUUAAUUAAAAAAUAAUAAUUAAAUAGAGAAAUUUGAAAAUACAAAAAAAAUCCACACGCGCAACUUAUUGAAUAAUGUUGCGCGCGUGAAACUCGCUCGUAUGCUCGGGGAGUAAAAAAUGUACAAAUCAAACAAAGUAAAAGGAAAAAAAAAAAAAAAACAGAAAUUAUUAAUAUAAUAACUUAAAGAUUUUAAAGUUAUAAAUUAUUAAGUGUGGUAGAGUGUCAGAAAAAAAAAUGAGUAAGGGAGAAAAAGAUAUGAAAAUUGAUAAGAAUACCACGGAUAAAUGUACAAAAUCGAAUAAUCGCUAAAUCUUAAAUGUUAGUAUCUAAAGUAUUUAAUCGCGCAGAGAUUGUAAUUGUGUGUUACUCAAAAGAGAUAUUAACGGACACAUAUUCUGAAAAACGUGCUUUACACUUAAUCAAUCCGUUUAAUGCUCAUUCUAUUUCUUCAGAAAGAAAAAAAAACGAACAAACAGAUCUGUUGAUUUUACAACGACAGUAACAACUAGCAUCGUUGUUUUUUUGUUUCUUUUUUAUUGUUAAAAAAUAACAAAUAUAUGAGCUCUUAAUUGACAAGCACAAAUCUGAAAGGACAAACUGAAUAGACAAAUGAUGCGUAACGGCUACGCAAAUCACAAUAAAAACUGAGAAAAUGACAACUCACGAGUUUUACAAAAACAUAAAAAAAAAACACUGCACAUCGAUGUAAUAAUUAGUCGAGUUGACAAUUUUCCCGCGUAUAACUCUACAUUAUUUCAACUUCGUAUAUUAUCUUAACAUGCAUUUAAUCACUUAAAAAUAAACCUAUAAAUAAGCGUUAAUGAA